CAAACAUAUUUAGAGUAAAAAGUUUGGCAUCAGAAAACAGGAAAUAAAUAUUGCAGUCAUUCGAAACAAUUCAGUCGUCGGGAACAGAUAUAAAAUUCGACAAAAAUAAAAAUAAUAAAAAAUAUAAAAAUGGGAAAGGAAAAUAAAUAUAAACCGAAUGCCGAAAAACCAACCAAACCAACCAUGAAGCGGAACUUCGGCAAGCCCCUCCAACAGCAUCAACUAAAAGCUGGAGAACAGGUUACUCACCCUCCAUAUGGAGGUCCUGCCGCCUCUGGCUUGCAGAAGCAGAAGCAGGAAGAGGAGCAAGGAGAAUGGCAGACACAAAGGUGUCAGAAGAGGCGCGAUAAGGCCGGGGAAGGCUGGGGCGGAAAGCAGCAGCAGCAGCAGCAACUUCCACAACAGCGCGGACAACACCGCGAUCCUAUAGAAAAACAGAACCAACAACAGCAGACAGUACAAAGGCGUCUUCAGGGCCACAAUGAACAACACCAAGGAGGCUCCCAGUUCUAUGGUCCACCAAAACCGCAAGACGAACUCCCAAAAUGGCCAAGAGCCCAGAACCGAGGUCUGCCUCUGCAGCCUCUGCUCCCUCAGACCCAAAAAGUGGUGCCGCCACUCCCAGCAGGCACCAUGAAACGUGGAACUUUGGGAAAACCAGGUCAAGUAUCUGUUAAUUAUCUCGACGUUAACUUGGAUAAAAUGCCUGCGGUGGCCUAUCAGUACGAUGUGAAGAUCACGUCAGUAUUUCCUAAGAAGUUCUAUCGUCAGGCUUUUGAUCAGUACAGAGUUGAACAUUUGGGGGGUGCGAUUGCCGCAUAUGAUGGACGUGCAUCGUGCUACUCAGUUGUGAAACUAAAAUGCAGCCCCCAGGGCCAAGAAGUGAAAGUAACAGAUCGCCACGGCCUUACCUUGAAUUACACUGUGGAGCUCAAGAAGACACAGGACUGGGAAGUCGAUUUGAGCUCACUAAGAAGCUACAUGAAGGACAAGAUUUAUGAUAAGCCCAUGCGAGCCUUGCAGUGUCUGGAGGUUGUGUUGGCGGCUCCCUGUCAUAACACCGCUAGACGCGCCGGUCGCUCCUUCUUCAAAAGGUCUGAUCCCGGAAACGCCUUUGAUCUUAAAGACGGCUACGAAGCUCUGGUUGGGCUCCAUCAAACAUUCGUGCUUGGCGAUCGCCCGUUUGUUAAUGUGGACAUAUCACACAAGGCCUAUCCGAAGGCCAUGUCGAUCAUUGACUAUAUAGAGCAUUAUCAGCGGCAGAAAAUUGACAAAAGCACAAAUCUUGACUACAGGCGUUCUGAUAUUGAGUCAUUCCUAAAUGACAUUUAUAUAAUUUACGACCCGCCUGCCUGUCUUGGCAGCGCCCCUCGCGUCUUCAGAGUCAACGGGCUUUCCAAGGCUCCGGCUAGCACUCAGACAUUUGAGCUGGAUGGGAAAGAAACGACCGUUGCAAAGUACUUCAAGUCUCGGGAGUAUGAUUUAAAGUUUCCGAACCUUCUCUGCUUGCAUGUUUGGCCGCCGUUAAAACGCAUUUAUUUGCCUAUCGAACUAUGUCGCAUGGACGAUGGGCAGACAAUGAAGUGCAAGGAUACUGCUGCUCGGGUGGCGGCCAUGCUUAAGUUUGCUGGCACGUCAACCAACGAGAGGAAGGCCAAGAUCGUCCGCUUGCUGGAAUAUUUCAAGCACAAUUUAGACCCGACCAUCAGCCACUUUGGCAUACGGCUGGGCAAUGACUUCAUCGUCGUGAAUACACGCACGCUCAAUGCGCCUCAGAUUGAGUACAAAAACAACAAUUUGGCUUCGGUGAGGAACGGUUCGUGGCGCAUGGAUCGCAUGCAAUUCUUUGAACCCAAGCCAAAGCCACAUAAAUGGGCCAUACUCUACGGUAAGAUUAACUACCUGUAUGUGGACGAGCUUCAGAAGAUGGUUCUUCAGCAGAGUCGCACCCUCAAUCUGUGCCUGGAUACCAAAGCCGAGAUACGGAAUUACAAGGACGAACGUGAAAUAGAUGAUCAUUUCCACGAUUUCAAAAAAAAUCAAUUUGAUUUGGUGUUCGUUAUUAUACCAAAUGUCGGGCGCUGUUAUGAUGUCGUGAAGCAAAAGGCUGAGCUGAAGCACGGCAUUCUCACACAAUGCAUCAAGCAGAUCACAGUCGAGCGUAAAUGCAACCCGCAGUGUAUUGGUAACGUUCUACUUAAGAACGCAAUGUUUUUGGGUGCCGAUGUGAGUCAUCCGUCGCCCGAUCAGUGGGAGAUCCCCAGUGUGGUGGGUGUUGCCGCCUCCCAUGAUCCAUUCGGGGCUUCAUAUAACAUGCAAUAUCGCUUGCAACGCUCUACCCUGGAGGAGAUCGAGGACAUGGAGUCGAUAACCCUGGAGCACUUGCGUGUUUAUUAUCAGUUCCGGCAAUCCUAUCCCGAGCACAUCAUCUAUUACCGUGAUGGUGUCGGCGAUGGUCAGUUCCCCAAGAUCAAGAGUGAAGAGUUGAGAGGAAUUUCUGCGGCCUGCUGUUUGAAUGCAUUUAAAUUGUAUCGAACCAUUGGUCAAUCAUUUGAAAUAAUUUACUUGCUUGAGCGCAUGAAAAAUAGCAGAACCUCUGAUGAAACAAUUGUGUGUGGAUUGACAUGUGCAUGAAAGAUUUCACUCCUUUCCUUAG